CGUGCGCGCGAGCGUGUGUAGGUGGUGCGGGUUGCGCGCUGCCACCAACUGCCUGUGGAGGCUGGAAGCCAAACUGGGUCCUCUUAAGUGCUUCAGGUGACUCUGUCACCCCCUCUGUCACUGUGACCUGCGCUUGCCUCUUGGGAGUCGUGGUGGUGGACGGCCUGGAAUCCGAGAAACGGAAACAUGGACUCAGUGGUUUUUGAGGAUGUGGCCGUGAACUUCACCCUGGAGGAGUGGGCCUUACUGGAUCUUUCCCAGAAGAAACUCUAUAGAGAUGUGAUGCGAGAGACCUUGAGGAACCUGGCCUUAGUAGGGAGAAAAUGGGAAGGUCAUGCCAUUGAAGAUGAGUACAAAAAUCCGGGGAGGAAACCAAGAAAUCUUGUGGUAAGAAGACUCUGUGAAAAUAGAGAGGGUAGUCCACCUGGAGAAAACUUGAGCCUUAUUCCAAGUCUCAGUUUGAAUCAGAAAACUCCUGGGGUGAAACCACAUCCAUGCAGUGCUUGUGGAAAGGGCUUCAUGCAUCGUUCAUCCCUUAACAGACACAUUAAAUGUCACACUGAACCGAAACCAGAUGAGUGUUGGAAAUAUGGAGAGAAGCCAUAUACAUGUAAGGAAGAUGGGACAGCCUUCAGUUAUGUCCAGGUUUCUGAAAAACAUGAGGGAGAUCACAGUGGAAAGGAAAUCUAUACGUGUACAGAGGGCGGAAGAGCCUUCAUGUGCCUCAGAAGUUUCCAGAGACACAAGGUAAUGCACACUGGAAAUGUUCCUCAUAGAUGUAAGGCAUGUGGCAAAACCUUUACUUCCUCAGAUUCUCUUCAAAUACACGAAAGAACCCACACCAGAGAAAAAUCCUAUGCGUGUGUACAGUGUGGAAGAACCUAUAGAUCCCAUCACAAUUUUCAAGCACAUUUAAGGACUCACACAGAAAGGAAACCAUUUGAAUGUAAAAAAUGUUGUAAAGUUUUCAUUUGUCCUCGUUCCCUUUGGAAGCAUGAAAGAAUUCAUAGUGAGGAGAAACCCUAUACAUGUAGAGAAUGUGGUAAAGCUUUCCAUUCUCUUGUAGACUUCCAAGUACAUGAAAGAAGCCACACUGGAGAAAAACCCUACAAAUGUGAAAAAUGUAGUAAAGCCUUCAGUCGUCCCAGUUAUCUUCGAAAACAUGAAAGAAGGCACAUCAAAGGGAAAACCUAUGAUUGUAAACAUUGUGGAAAAGCCUUCAGAGAUCACCAAUUCUUAGAAAAACAUGGAAGAACUCAUACUGGAGAGAAACCCUAUGAAUGUAAACAGUGUAUUAAAGCUUUCAGUUACUAUUAUUCCUUAAAAAUACAUGUAAGGACUCAUACUGGAGAGAGACCCUAUAAAUGUACAGAAUGUGGAAAAGCUUACCGAUACCUCAGUUCCCUUCAAACACAUCAAAGUAUUCACACAGGAGAAAUACCAUAUGAAUGUAAGCAGUGUGGUAAAGCUUUGACUUCUCGGAGAGGUUUCCAAAUGCAUGUAAGAAAUCAUACUGGAGAAAAACCGUAUGAAUGUGAAAAAUGUCAUAAAACCUUCAGUUGUUCCAGUUACCUUCGAAGACAUGAGAGAAUUCACAGUAUAGAAAAGCCCUAUGAAUGUAAGGAUUGUGGGAAAGCCUUCAUCUGGUACACGAGCUAUCAAAGACAUACGAAAAUACACAGUGGAGAGAAACCCUAUGAAUGUACGCAGUGUAGUAAAGCAUUCGUGUGUCCCAGUUAUCUUCGCAAACAUGAAAAAACUCAUGCUAGAAGGAAACGCUAUGUCUGUAAACAGUGUGGUAAAGCCUUCAGUUUUCACCGUUCCUUACAAACACAUGAAAACACUCACACUGGAGAGAAAACAUACAAAUGUAAACAUUGUGGUAAAGCCUUCAAUUAUAACUGUUCCUUACAAACACAUGGAAAAACUCAUGCUGGAGAGAAACCCUCUAAGUGUGGAAAAGCCUCCCUUUGUUGCCCAAACUGUCUAAGACGUGUGAGAGUGCACAGGGGAAAGAACCACAUAAAUGUGAAGAAUAUGAGAAAGCCUGUAGUCAUCUUAAUCCCUUUAGAAGGCACAGAAAGACUCACUGGAUAAUCUUGAAUGUAAACAGUGUGGUAAGACGUCAUGAGCCUUCAUUCUUACAUGUGUAAACUGCUACAGUGAAGAAGAAAAAAAGUAAGUAACAUGACCAAGUUUGAUGGAAAUUAUGUAUAAUGUUCCAGAAAACUUUGAGCCUGAAAGACUCGUUAUUAAUGUUGUAAAUUUAUUAUGUUUAUCCAGUCUCUUCCUUGACGUGCACCACUGGACUCUGGAUUUUUACCUGUUAAUUUUUUUUUUUUUUGGUUUUUAGGGCCACAUCCGGGGCAUAUGGAGCUUCCCAGGGAA